AUGACGACACCUGGAUCUCCGCCGGUCAAGCUAACGCAUUGGCACCACGAGUUGCUGUGGGAAACCAAGCUCAUGUACGCGUUGUCCUCGGCAGGCGGCUCUGCCAUGUUCAACUUCCUGACGGUCUACUACCAGCACACAGCAGGCUUUUCCAAGGUGCAGAUCGUGGCCGAUCGCAUUCGCAACCAGCGGCUUAUCCAUAUUUUCUGCAUCAUCAGCGGCUCCGUCUUGUGGUUCUCACUACAAUUCUUCGCGUGGUCGUUCGAGUGGACCAUCUUCAUGGUAAUGCUGGCGCAGUUCCAACGCAGCCCUGGUGCCUCGUUGCUCGACCACGCGGUGCUAAACUUGCUGGACAAGGUAGGAGGUGAGUACGGGAAGCAGCGCUUGUUCGGUGCAGUAGGCUUCGGGAUUGGCGCCUACGUGACGGGCCUGGCGGUGGCUGUUGGUGGUAUCUACUGGUCGUUCGGAAUGAGCUUUAUCCUAUGCAUGUCAUCACUGUUAGUGCUGCGGUUGAUUCCACCGGUGCGAUAUGGCGACAAAGGAUACACAGCACUGGAGGCGGGUGAAGACAAAGAAAACACUGAGUCCGAAGCGCCAGCAUCCUUUAUGGAAAACAUCCGGGUGGUUACGAAAGAGUUUGACGUCCUAGUGCUGCUUGGUGUUGUAUUUCUGAUGGGGCUGAUGUACGGGGUGUUGUCGAGUUUCCUUACUCUUAACUUGUACAACCUAUCCGGCGGAGAUGCGAAGAUCGUCGGCGUCGCCAUCAUGUGCGAAACUGCGUCCGAGCUGCCGGCCUUCUUCUUUUCGCACAAGAUUAUCAAAAAGAUCGGUACAGUGAACGUACUCCUGGUGUCUAUUGCUGGAUACGCGCUUCGCAUCUCGUAUUACGCAGUGAUGACAGACCCGUGGAAUGCCAUCCCAUUUGAAUUCUUGCACGGUAUCACCUUCGGCCUGGCGUGGGCUGCAGUGACGCAGUACAUUUACUCGUCGACGCCUAAGGGGUGCGAAGGAACUGUAAUGGGCGUGCUGAAUGCCAUUCAGAACGGUAUCGCGCGCGCUACUGGCACUCUAGUCGGGGGAUACUUUUAUGAAAACUACGGCCCGCGCGUCAUGUGGCUGGUGACUGAUCUGGGCGUACCGCUCUCGCUAGUCGGUGUCGGAGUGUUUGCCUACUUCAAAAACGCGAACGAAGCGGUGCACGAAGAUUUACUCGAGGAGGCCGAGCUGUUUUCUCCGCAUGCCGCGGACCCACAAGCCCUAAAAAGCGACGGUCAGCUACUGUAUGACGAGAUCGAGUAA